UGUAUUGUCUUAAAAAUUGAGUAUUUUCAUAUCCUCAUACUAAUCAGAGUUACUGAGGGACUUCAUGUCAUACGUAAAAAUAGAGGGACCAGCAUCCUAAGUUAUAGUGUCUAGUCUAGUCUAGUCUAGUAUGAUUCAAGUGUUGCAUUACUUUUGUAACUCCCGCUGAGUUGAGCUUCUUUUUUUACCCAACUUUUUCGAACGACAAUAAAACAGAGUUCAUGUGUCACGCACACCUGUUGUCGUUGUGGAUUACAAGACGCGAAGACAAAUUGCUGUCUCAGGGCGAACGUAUAUUUAUACAAUGUAUUUGUCAAAUAGUUGUUUCGUUGUAUAAGUGCUGUAAGUUAAAAAUGGCGCACCUUUGGAAUUUUGGGCGUAGCAUAGUGCUUGAUGCCUGAAGUACUAUCGGGGUGCAACCUGCUUUAAUUUGGAACAUAUGCACCGUCGUUCUGUUUAGUAAACAUCCUGCAAAACUAAAUAAUAUACGGUACUGGGAACUGCAGUUGUGGGGAAAAAUGGUUCAGCCCUAUGUCUAACUGAGUGAUAAGUGUUUAAUACUGGCUGAAAAUGGGUCCUAGAAGAAAAACCAAUGCACAGCGUGAAGAAACCCAAGCUCAGUUUAUGCCCCUACGAAGACCGUCGGCAUACUCACACGAUAGUGUAGGAAGAUUUUCAGAACAUUUCUUGCAUGAUGACGUAUCAGUGGGUGGAUACAAAACAGCUAGUGACAAGUGCCGUGAUUGCAUGACGCGCAUCCCAUAUGCCACCCUCAUUGCUACAAUUAUGUGCAUUGUGGGAGUGGGUGUAUUUUGUGGAACCAUGUAUCGUGGUGCGACACUCAGCAUCUUGAUGUUCAAUGAAGUCUUCCAUCUUCGUCUUGGCUGGUUAGAAGCAGUGCAGAUGGUUUUUGUCAUAAUUGGAGCCAGCAUGGGUGCCCUUGGGCUUAUGAUUUUGUUCGUUGGCUGUUUGGCAACUGGGACGACGAGACACAAAGUUUAUCGUGCCUGGGGAGCACGUGUUGGGGGCCGAAUCUCUUGUGCAGUGUUCAUGAGUAUCACCUACAUCCUGCAGCUUGCCUGGGUGCUGAUGUUGUGUUUCCUUGUGAUAGUAACACUUAUUUAUACAAUAUUUUGGGCACUUUGCUCCAGCUCUCGGGUGCAGUUAAAUCAUCAGUGUAUUGAUUUCAAGCAAUUCGACUUUCUCUUUCCUCCAAAGACGCCCCCUGCAGACAUGGAAGUGUGUGAAGAUGAACUGAAACUGUUCUGCAAAGACUAUGUGGAACGUGCAGAAGUUAUGUUUAUUCUUGCGUCUGUCUCAUGUUUGUUGGUGAUCCUCAGUCUUAUUCAUUAUUUAAUGUGCCUUUCUGCAAAUUAUGCACACAUUCGAGAUCAUGAGAAAUUCCAAGAACUUCAGGAACUUCAAUAUCUGCAGGACCCUGAAAUGUCUGUUGCUGGAUCAAAAGACCGAUUCUAAGUUGCCAGAAUGCAGUUGAGCUGGGAUAACGUCUGACAUUUGCGUUUAUAAAAUGUUUAGUGUACUGUGUUGGUUUGUCUAAAGUGUGCCUGUAUGCAGACGGCAGGAAAGGGGACCAUGUGUACCUGUUGUGGAGAAUUAUUAUUAUGGUUAUUAUUAUUAUUAUUAUUAUUAUUAUUAUUAUUGAUCAACUGUGUUCCAUUUUAUGUUUCACACUGAUUAGAAUUAUCUUCCCAAACUUUUUUAUGACCACACAUGUAUCUUCAUUGUUCAGUAGCUACAGUUGUAACCACAGGCCAAUUCUGCAAGAGGAAUGCCGUCUAUUUGUAACCUGAAGGUAGUUGUCAUCUCAUUGAUUAAGAGUUGUAAUUAUUUACACACUUUCAAAGUGCUUGCAAAAUUAGGUUGAGAUUAAUGAAAAUGUUUCAGAUUUCAGUGUGAGAAGUGUUAAAUUGUCGUUUGAGAGGUGCUUGCACAAAUGUGAUUUCCAGUAUUGCUGUGUCUCUACAGAAUCCUGUAUCAUAUCAGUUGAGCAGGAAAAGUCUAGAGAGUUCACCCCCCCCACCCCCCUCAAUAAAAUUUCUCUUCUGGUUCACUUCACAUUGCUUCAGUAUUUUAGGUAAAGUAAUAUAAUUUUAUUGUGCAAGAAAAAUAAGUAGUGUAAUGGUAAUUCUUUUAAAAAAAGAGUGCCUAAAAAGCUAUCAUUUUGUGACAUAACUGAGUAUUGCAAUGUUGUUUUGAAUGUAAUGUUCUAAACUGGUUAGUAAAAUAUCAUUGUUCAGACUGCUGAUUGCAGUUAGUCUCACACAGAUUGAUUGAUUAGACUAUCAAGUAAGUUAAAUUGUCUUCAUUUUUAUGUAUUUAUUUUUUAUUAAUGAAAAAGAAAGGAAAGCAAUUGUCAGUUUGGCAGAAAUUUGCUGAAAAUGAGAGAUGAAGUGACUGCUGCCUAAUGUAAUUAGAAAAAGGAAAUUGUUUAGGAGUGCCAGUCAUUAAAGUACCCACGUCAUUGUCAUAUAGUUAUCAUGUAUUUUGUUUAAUGUGUGAACUACAAUUUGUAUGAGAAGAAGGAAAAGAAACCAUUAAACAAUGGAAAAUCCAGGAUUAUUUAGCUUAACAAAAGGAGCUGAGAGCAACAGUUGGAAUAUUGUAUAUGUUGUCCGUGGUUUAUUGAACUUCAAACCUCAGGGAAAAGUUAUUCAUGUUUGAAUGUUUUAUGGUGUUAGGAAAAGUUUUGGGAUUAAUGGUUUUUUUAUCAUUAACGUAUACAAACAAUCAAAGCAAAUACAUUUUCAUGAAAAGUUCGUCAGGUUAGAGAAAGUAGUUGUGGAUCAAAACAUCAAGACAGAGUGAGCUCUGCAAAAAUUUGAUUGAUUUGUAAAGAGAAUAUUUUCUAGGAAGAAUGUCAGCUGUCACUGUUUACAAGAUAGCAUUAUUGUUAAACACAUUUAAAUGUGAUAUGACUACUUAAUACUAUUUUUAUCAAAAAGUAUAUAGUGUAUGUUUUACCCAGAUAUUUAUUUCAACGGGUAAUGUGGGAGGGAAAGUGUCACUUUUAUUGUGUAUCCAUGUUUUGGAUUCAUUGUGGCUAUUUGCAGGGACAAAUGGGAAUGAAAGUGAAAGGUUCAGCUAUUUUCUCCAGUUGAUAGUUUUAGUAGCGGUUGAAAAGACUCUGGUAAAACAAAACAAAAAUAUUGUUAUAUUUUUCAUGUGUGUUGUAUUUAGAAAUCUAUAAUGUUUCAUUUUAGGUACUAUGUUUCUGCUGUAUGUUGUUGUAUUUAGUACAGUAUAAGAUCUGGUGUGUGUGUGUGUGUGUGUGUGUGUGUGUGUGUGUGUGUGUGUGUGUGUGUGUAGGAGGGGGGGAGGGUUAUAUUUUUUUGUGAGUGAAGCACAAUUUCAUUAACUCAGUAUAUGAAAUAUAGCUUUUUUAAUCCGUCCAGUUUCAGACAGCUUUUGACAAUUUUAAUUUACCUAUUUUGUUAAUUUGUGUUGUGCAUUUAUGACGUACAUUGCCUGACUAGAUGUCAAGAAUCAUACUGUAUCAGUAUGUUUGUUUAUUAUUUUAUUAUCCUUAAAAAAUUCCACCUAUUGAAAAAAGGUUUAAUUUGUGAAUGACAAUUGCUUUAAAGAGGCUGUUAACAAAAUUAAAUAUGCAAGAAGAAUUAUGCACUUUUCUUGGUGUUGGUUAAGAGCUCUGCACAUUUGAUACAUUGGACUAAUAUUUGGAACAAAAACCUUGAAAGCCAUAUGGUUCUUACAAAUUUCACUGUGAAUUUUGUUGCACAAUCGUAUAAAGUAAUGUUCUUUGAAUUGUCACUUGUUCUUUUGUAAUGAAAAACUGAAAUGUUAACUUUAUAUGCAAAAUUCUGUGUUUGUGUCAUCUUGUGUUGCAAAUAUUUCAAUGAGAAACCUAUGCCAGCAACGUAAGUACUUGUUGUGGACAGAUGAAUUGCAAUUUAUUGUUGUUAGUAAGCACUACUUAUGUUUUUUUUUUUUUAAAUACUUACAUUAGUUUUUUUGAAAUAUUGAAAAAAGGCAUAGUUUUUUAUAAGUAUCUUAUAUUUUUCUAUGUUAUGACCAUAUUAAAUAAGAACUGAUAUUAAAUAAUUUCAUUACAUUGGUA